UGUAAGCUGAAAAACUGUUGGAAAUAAGACCAAAAACACGAGCUAACCAAGAGCAUGUCAUCUAACAUUCUGUCAAUAUUUAGAUUAACCAGUUUGAUUUUAAACUAACGUCAGUAAGCGUUAUUGUCUGCUGUGUUGUGAUUCUAAACAGUCUUCACCCAUUCGAUGGCAUUGCGUAUUGGCCUUGUCCAGCUGGCAGUGACGGCUUCUAAACCUGACAACCUGACACAUGCUUCCAGGCUAAUCAAGGAGGCAGUAAGCGGAGGGGCCAGACUGGUUGCUUUACCUGAGUGUUUUAAUUCUCCAUAUGGAACAAAGUAUUUCCCUCAGUAUGCAGAAGCUAUUCCUGGAGAAUCAACAAACCACCUGGCUAAAUUAGCUGCGGAAAAUAAAAUAUUUCUAAUUGGAGGCUCUAUUCCAGAAAAGGAAGGUGAUGCGUUUUACAACACCUGUACUGUGUAUGGCCCUGAUGGAAGCUUGAUUGCCAAACACCGCAAGGUACAUCUCUUCGAUAUUGACAUCCCCGGAAAAAUUCGUUUCCAAGAAUCAGAAAUAUUGUCUCCUGGUGAAAAGCUAACAGUUUUUGAAGCUUCUGACUGUAUGAUUGGAGUGGGUAUUUGCUACGACAUGAGAUUUGCCGAGAUGGCUCAAACUUAUGCCAGGGCAGGUUGUAAGCUAUUGGUGUAUCCAGGGGCCUUCAACAUGACAACAGGCCCCGCCCACUGGGAACUUCUUCAGAGAGCUCGUGCCCUCGACAACCAAGUGUACUUUGCCACGGUGUCUCCUGCAAGGGAUGAGAAUGCAUCUUAUGUGGCAUGGGGCCACAGUACAGUUGUGAAUCCAUGGGGAGAGGUGAUAUCAAAGGCUGGGCCUGAAGAAAAGGUUAUUUUUGCUGACAUUGACCUUAACUAUCUGGAUGAGGUGCGAAAUCAGAUUCCUGUAACCAAGCAGCGGAGAGACCACUUGUACAAGAUCGGAGGUACCUGUAACGAGUCUGCUGAAAAGGCCAUUUGUUAAUUAACCCCUUCCGAACCCACACUCCUAACAGGAGAAGGGUUAGGGACAUAUGCCCCAGGGCAAGUACGCUGCCCAGAAAGAACCUGUUUGUUAACCUGAAGAUAUUCUGUGUUCGUUUAGUUUAUUUAUUGAUUUUAUUGAUGUUCUAUGCCAUACUCAAGAGUACAUGUUUCAUGAAUGUGGUUGAAAGAAAACUGACCAUUGCCCAAAAACUUGACCGUGGUCGAAAGUGAUCGGAUGGAGCCAAAAGUAACCAAACUGAACCCAUGAGUAGCCCGACAGAUCCUGAAAGUAACCUAACAGAACCUAAAAGUAACCAGAUAGAACCCAAAAGUAUCCUGGCAAGGCCCUAAAAGUUACCUGACCGAUACUAAAAAUUGCCCUGACAGCCCAAUAGUGACCUGACAGAGGCCAAAGUAACCGGACAGAGGCCCUGUAGUAACCGGAUGGAGUCCAGAAGUAGCCUGACAGAGUCCAAAGGUAACCUGACAAAGCUCAAAGUAACUUAUGGAGCCCAAAAGUGACUUCACAUAGCCUGACAUUAAUCUGAUGCAGCCCAAAAGUGACAUGACAGAGCCCAAAAGUAACCCGAUGGAGCUCAAAAGUAAUCAGAAAGAGCCCAAAAGUAACCCAUUGGAACCCCCAAAUUACCUGACAGAACCAAAACGUUACACAAUGGAGCUCAAAAGUGACCCAAUGGAGCCCAGAAGUAACCCAACAGAGCCCUAAAGUGACGUGACAAAGCCCAAAUGUAACCAAAUGGAACCCAAAAGUAACCCGACAGAGCCAAAAAGUUAAGUGAUGAAGCCUAAUAGUAACUCAAUCGAGCCCAGAAGUGACCUGACUGGCCAUAAAAGUAUUGAACUUCCUCCCCAGCUGUAUGUGGGAAGGUCUGGCAGCAACCUGCGGAUGGUCGUGGGUUUCCCUCGAGUUCUGCCAGGUAUCCUCCCACCAUAAUGCUGGCCACCGUCCUAUAAGUGAAAUAUUCUUCAGUUGGGCAAAUAAAUAAAUAAAUAAAUAAAAGUAUUGAAAUCAGAUUAUAUUUAUACACUUUACGUUUUUUUUUUCAACGAUUCAUGGGUUUUUCCUGCCAUGAUGAUGACUAAAUAUGAAAUUGUUUCUUCAAUCCGUCUAGUUUAGUAGUUUGGUGUUGUUGCCAAGAUAGUGUCAUUGGUCAGUUGUUCAUUCCAUUUAAAGUUUGAAGGGUUGUGUUGAAGGUCCAGUCUCUUAAAUUUGUCCAUGUAUAGAUUCCUUAUUGCUUUCAGUGAUUGACCCAGAUUGAUUAUUUGGUGCAUUUCUGUGUAAGAAUGUAUUUGUAAAUCUAAAUAUUAUUCAGAAACCGGCAUUUCAGGUUCUUUGGAAAAUGUAAAAGCCUGAUGUAAGAAAUAUACAUUAAAAUUUA